UAUCUUGGAUCUGUUUUAUAUUAAAUUAAUGUUAUGAUAAUGAUGCCACUGUUUUAUAUGAACUCUUAAUUUGGUGAUUUCAUGUUUUUUGUAUUUUUUUUAUUCCAGACUGUAAUUAUAAAAUGCAGCUUAAUCUCACAAGAGUAGACUACUUGCAAGUAGGCUUAACAUCUUCGCACUGUGUACGAGUUCUGCCAUCUAGCGGUGCCAAAGCUCAGCAGAAGGUUGUUGUUGGUGAUCAUGAUGGCCUCGUGCAGUUGUUUACCAUGAGAAAGGGAGAACCUCAGCUGGGAUUCAGAUCAGAUAUUGAGAAGCUGAUCACACGUGUAGAGCUUGGUGGAGCUUUAGGUACUGUACGAGACAAAAUAUUUGUGUCAUCAGGCAAUGAAGUCCGAGGUUAUACUAAAAAAGGCAAACAGUUUUUGGGGUUUGACACAAAUUUAACAGAGGAAAUAAGGUCUAUGCACAUAAGUGGGAGUGAUUUGUUAGUGUGUGGCAACCACAUAUACAAUCAUUAUCAUGACUGUCAAGAUGCUAGUUACUUCCUGGCUCCUGACAAAAUUAAUGAUGUUAUUUCACUUCCUGCAGAAAAGGUAAGCUAUUUUCGUUGCUCUUUUUACCAAAAAUAUAAUAUUUCCCAGUUUUCAGUAGUAGGGUUUGUCUUCUUACAUUAG